GGGGCGUCAGCAGGGGGCGCCGGUAAGCCAGCUAGAGAUCCAGUAGAUGGAUAGGUACACGGAUCUAUUUUUAGAAACAUCACAUCUUCUCACGUGGGGAGAGACAUGGCUGCCGCAGGAUGCUGCAUUCAUUCAUUCCUUUCUUCAUUCACUCGGCAGCUGCCGAAAAAUAGAUAAGAUCUGCUAGAUAAGAUCUGUUAGAUAAGAUCUGCUAGAUAAACGGGCGGGUGUUGGUUCUAAUGCUGUAAUCUUUUACGACUGACCUCCAUUCAAAAUGAGACGUUCGAUGUCGCCUGAAAAAAAAAAAAAAAAAACAAGCACCGUUCACUAACAAGCUCCGAGAUGAAUUGUAGUCAGACAUUCUUCGACGCAACCUCCUCCUCCCCCUCCCCUUCCUGAGCUCGGUGACUCCGUUUACGUUUCUACGCUGGCUCCGCCCCUUACUCGGUUUUGUCCAAAUCGGGCUUUUUGCGUCGCCGGAGCUCCCGAUUUCAUCCCGACGUCAUCACCGGGGAGAGGGAAGAGCUGACGUCGGGCACAGUCACCGAGAGGAGAGGGAGGAAGGAGGGAGUAGGGAGGUGAGGAGGGAGGGAGGAGGGAGCUCCAGCAUCCACUGAUAUGAGACAUCUCUCUCAUCCUCCUCCCUCCUUCUUCUUACGUCGGUGUUGGCGCGUCGGGGGCCCCCCUGGUCCCAAGCUAUAUAAGAGCCCUGCGAGCAGAGUCCCCGCUCAAACACAUUCCCCGAAUCCGGACUUCAGUGCUGAGAGACGCGGCGAGCACAGCCGCCCGUUCAGCCGCUCUCCAUCCGGAGAGGAGAGGAGCUCCAGGAGAACCUUUCCCAAAAUAUCUGGAAAAAAAGAGCUGCGAUGAAAGUCCAAUAACAUCACUUCCACAGAUCGGCACCUGCGAGUGUGAAGUGGGAUUGUCCUUCCUUUUCUCCAUCCUCCGACCUGCACUGCAGCAUCAAGCAAGCAUGUACCGCUCGACCAAAGGAGCGUCCAAGGCUCGCCGGGACCAGAUCAACGCCGAGAUCCGGAACCUGAAGGACUUGUUGCCCAUCUCGGACACGGACAAAGCCAGGCUGUCGUACCUGCACAUCAUGUCCCUUGCCUGCAUGUACACCAGGAAAUCCGUCUUCUUCACUUCACAGGAAGCGGGAAGCGCACCCGGAGAGCAGAGCGCGGGCUUCCUGUCUUUCCACGAGCUCGCCGACUUGAUGCAGGCGCUGCCGGGCUUCCUGAUGCUGCUCACAGGAGAGGGGAAGCUGCUCUACCUGUCCGACAGCGUCUCCGAGCACCUGGGCCACUCCAUGGUGGAUCUCGUGGCGCAGGGGGACAGCGUGUACGACAUCAUCGACGCCUCGGAUCAGCUCGCCAUGAGAAACAACCUGGCGAGAUCCACCUCCCCUGAGACGGAUCGCCUCUUCCGUUGUCGUUUCAACACCUCCAAGUCGGUGCGCAGGCAGAGCGCCGGGAACAAGCUGGUUCUGAUCCGAGCUCGCUGCAUUUCUGCUCCCUCCGUCUCGCCGACCGCCCCCGCCGCCGCCGCCGGCACCUACUGGUCCUCCAACCCGGUCUGGGUGUGCUUCUGCUCCCCUUUGGAGCCUCACCCCGCCCGCUCGGGGGCAUCCGAGAGCGCGCCCGGCGCUCCUCAGGGGGACGCCAACCCGUUCCUGGCCUGUUUCCACUCGCAGCACGACCGCGACAUGCGGCUGCAGGCUGCCCAGGACAGCGUGAGCUCCUAUCUGGGCUUUGAUGUGGCAGCUUUACGGUCCUGCUCCUGGUACAGCCUCCUCCACCCGCAGGAUCUGGCACAUGCCUCCGCUCAACACCGUAGCCUGCUGCGAGAGGGAGGAGAGGGCCGAGCUGAAAUGGUGGUGCGAGUGCAAGCCCGGGACCAGACGUGGGUUUGGAUCUACAUGGUCCUCCAGCUGCAGCCUGGCGAGAUCCCCGUCAGCAGCAGCAACUACGUCAUCAGCGAGUCGGAGGCUUGGUCGGUGCGUCAGCAGCUGAGCUCCGAGCAGGGCCAGCUCAGUCUGGUUCUCAGCGCCGGGCCCUCGCAGCAGGAGGGCGUGGGCCUGCAGUCCCCAGACACCCUCUCCAGCCCAGACCAGGUCUUCACCCCGGGCAGCAGCGGCCUGUCCGGCCAGUCCUUCGACUUCAGCACGGCCGGCUGCAGCGUGGCUUCGUCCGACGAACGGGCCAGCUCGGCUGCCGAGGUGGCGCGCCUGGAGGGGGAGCCCCGAUCCAGCAUCUCCUCUCUGGAGGAGGAGGCCUUCUUCCAGCCGCCUCCCGUGCCCAGCCCCCCUGCGGCGCCGUCUCCCACUCCGGUCACGGUGGAGACGGUGUCCGACUUGGACUUUUUGACGCAGAACAUCCUGAUGCCGCCCUCCUUCGAACUUGACCCCCCGCUGCCCGCCCUGCCCCUGCCGCUGCCCCCCGUGCCCACCUCACAAGCUCAGCAGACCAAAGAGUUUGUGUGCACGCCGCCGUACACCCCCCACGUCGGAGGGGCCAGCUUCCCGUUCGGGGAACCCCUGUUCAGCUUCGACCCCACCGGUACCACUACGCCCCCGCCCUCUGCCACCACAGCCACCGCCACCACCUCCUUGGCCCCCUCCACGUCCCCCUCGGCCCCUCCGACCACCGCCUCCAGCCCGGCUCCCCCGACCACCCUGUCCGCCAAACUCCCACUCAGCCUCCCCACCACGGAACUCCUGUUCCCCGUGGAGCCCUGCUGCGGGGCCCUGUACGAGAAACUGCCCCCCACCCCAGACAGCCCCGGAGACGGCGACUGCACGGUGAUGACCCUCCCCGAGGUUCGGGGUCCGCUCUAUGUCGACGUGCCGCUGGGGCCUCUCCAGUGCCCCCCCGAGGGGCUCCUCACCCCGGAGGCGUCACCCGGGAAGCAGCCCUGCCUCUCCUUCUUCUCCGUGGAGAGAGAACGGGAGAAGGAAAGGGCGGAGAUUUCCCUCCUGGCCCAGCACAUCAGCUCCUUGGCGGAGGGAUUCUACCUGGACCCGCUCCUGUCCAAGCUGUCCCCUCCGUCCAUGUCCCCCUCGUCCUCGCCCCCUUCCCCCUUCCUGUCUUCUGCCGACACGGCCUAUUCCAUCCAAGUGCUUCGGGAGUUUUAUCCCAUCAAAGUGUGGCGAGGUCUGGACGUUCCCACGUUCCUGGAGGACGACGACUCUCUGUUUGAAGAGAGCAUCCUGGAAAGCAUCCUCCAAGACGUUCCUCCCAGCCCCCCCAGCCCAGUCUCCCCCCAGACCCCCGUGUGCUGGCACCAAGCCUCCCAGUUUGAGGGAGCGGGCCAAUUCUGUAGCGUCCAAUCGGCGCAAGCUAACUCCGCGGACGUGCGCGGGGAGACCACGACGGCCGAGGCCGACAGGGAGGAGGAGCCAGCGGAGGAAGCCAUGGAGAUCGAGGUGGCGUCAUCUCCCAUGUCCUCCUGCUCCUCCAUACCGACUUCUCCUCCUUUGCUCCUCACCGCCUCGCCGGCACCCGCCGCCGUCUCCGCCGCCUCCUCCACACCGGUCGUCUCCCCCGCGCCUGCCGCCGUGUCCUGCGCUCAGUCCCUCCUGGAGGAACUGGCCGUGCUGGAGCCCAUGUUUGGGGCAGGUGCCUCGAUCGCCCCUGGUUUAGGGCAACAACCUGAGUUGUAUCAACUCCAGUGUCAUCCAUCGCCGCAGUGCUUCCACGAAGGUGAGAACAGCCCCGCCCGUCUCCUCCUGGGGGAGGACAAUGUCCUGACAAUGCUGACUUUUGCCCUUUUCUUUGUCUUCCAGAUGGGAGUGGAAGCAUCCCUCCGUUCUAAAAUAAGUCUGUGACUUACUUCAUCAAGUAUGGCAUAUUGUCAUAUUUUGUGGAGACACUUUUACUGCAAAGUAAAACAUAUUGAAGUGUAUAAAUAUACAUAAUGUAUAUACAACUUAACGCCUCCAUGUCUCCCGGGAACAAAAAUGGCCUUCCUAUUUUUGUUCAACCAUGAAGCUGUAUUCUACGACACCUGGUGCGACGUUUAAACUACACACAACAACAACAACAACAACAUGGACGCCUGACUGACUGAGUCCUGAGUCCAUGUGGUGCGGAUUUGAGCUCUGAGCUUGUUAACUUGUUUAACUUACAGACAUGCAUUUGUAUUCACUCGUAGUGAAAAAUGGUUGUGGACAUGACACAAAGAAAAAAAAAAAAAAAAAAAAAAAAAAGCCUGACUUCUCGCACUUUUUUGCCUGACGUGCAGCGACGCAAACUCAAAACUCAAAUAAAAAGGUACGAGGACAGUCACCUGAUAGAUAGCACACUUCAAACGUUUGAAUUUUGAGUUUGCGGCUUCAAACCUUCAACGUUCCAUCCGUGUCUCCGUCCAUCUGACCUUGUGUUGACCUUUGGUGAUGUGCAACAAACAAACUGAGUGACGCAUGUGAAGACUUUUCCACGGCGGACUCCCCUUUCCUCGUACUGUACAUUGAGACUCUGAAUGUGGACUCCGGGUUU